CAUGGCAUUUGAAAUGUUGUGGUGAUACGGAUGAGGUCAUUCAUCCAGCACAAUCAGAAGCAUGGAGACAUUUUGAUCAAAUGCAUCCUUCUUUUAAAAGAGAACCUCGUAAUGUUGAUUAGGAUGUUUGGAAAUCCUGCAGGUUCAGCAAGGAGGAGAUCUUCCUCCUCAAGAUCACAAGAGCAACACAAUUUUAAUCACCCACAACUGUUUACUGAUAGUAGCGUAGCUCCGGAUAUACAGCAAACGAUUGAUCCAUUAAUGAAUUAUAAUUUUGCACCUGAUCAUGAGAACGAUGGCCCUUCAUCCUCGACGGGGAAAAAAGGACGGAGCAGGAAUUUCAAAGGAAUACGUCUUCCAGAAAAUAAAGAGAUCAGGAAAUGGGUUAAACUCACUGAUGAUAAGCUCCAGUUUGCUGAUCCAAACAUCCAUUGGACUAUCACUUCACUAUGGAAGUCACGUUUUGAUGGCCUGUAUUUCACAUACGAGCGUGUCCCCCAAAGCAAGAUUGCUGAAAUUUAUAAUUGUUUCAAGCUACUGACAUAUUGGGACUCUGAUGAAUAUAAGAGGCUCAGUGCAAGGGGAGCAAAGAAUAGGAGCUCUGGGGAAAGGGUGACUCACAUCACUGGGUCCAUUAGCUUUGUCAUUCAUGAGAUGCGGAUGGAUACUUAUGUUGUGGAGUGCACAGAUAGUCAUGGCUAUGAUGCUAGUUUGUGGCCACGCAUGGAUAAUGAGGCAUGGGUUAAGGCUGUUGGAGGUUGCUCAUCUAAUUUCAUGCCAACGAUUGGCUCCCAAGUAAAUCCAGAGAUGGUUGGUUUUACUUACAGGAAGAGACAACCCCGAGAAAACUUAAUAGCAACACUGAUGGCAUCUGACUAUGAGGAGACACAGGCAAAAGAUCAUGAUGAGUUAGAAAGACAACGCCAACAAAUUGCUUUGAUGCAACAGCAGCUGGCCAAUAUGACAGAAGCUCAGAAUAAUAUGAGCCAGACAAUCGCACAGUCUGUUGCAGCAGCUCUAGCCGCUCAUGGCAUCUCCCCUCAGGCAGGUCAUCAUCUAGUUGCCCCACCACAGCUGUCACAUGGUCAUGGCUCAAGUCUUCACAUGAAUUCAGCUUUCACCUACUCCACUAAUUCUACACAAACCUCUCAUAUGGUCCUUGAAUAUCAACAGCAACGGCAGUUUCCGCCUCAAAAUGAUGAUGCAUACCAUCCUACUUUUGAUCCAGACUAUCAGGGUCCUUAGUUUUUUUAUUUUUCUGCUACGCACAUUAUCCGCAUACUUUGCAUGGUUGGCUUUAUUUCUAUUAGGACUUUAAACUGUUAGUUUUAGCUUUUAUUACGAUAUAUUUUCUUAUUUUGCUUGACCUCUAGUGAUCAUACUUCAAAAGAGUCUAUAUAAUUAAAAAUUAUGUGUAAAAAUGUUCAAAAGUUAAAAUUAACUAGCUAUUAAACACAUACCUUUGUAUCUGAAGGGUACUCUUGACUUUGGACUUCAGCUCAAAGGAUUCCAUCUCCUUCUGUUCAUGUUUUCAUUGAUGCAGAUUGGGCAAGAUGUUUGAAUACUUGUCGCUCCACCUCUACAUUGUAUUUAUUCUUUAGUAAUUCACUCAUUUCGCGGUUUUCCGCGAAGAGCAAUUCACAAUUUCCCAAUCGAGUGCAGAGGUUGAGUACUGUGACAUUACAAAUGCAGUGGCAGAAGCUACUUGGGAGAGGCAGCUGCUUUCUGAGUUAUGUGUUCAGGUUCCUGCUCCGACAAUGAUUUAUUGUAAUAAUAUUAUUGCUUUAUA